AUGGUUCUGCACAACCCCAACAACUGGCACUGGGUGAACAAGGACGCCUCGGGCUGGGCCAAAGAUUACCUUAAGGAGAAGCUCGUUGUCGUCUCCGCAGAGGACAAUGGCGCCUCCGCCAAGAUUUCCAACCUGCUGUCGAUGGAUGGCGAUGUAGACGUCAGCCAGCGGAAGGGCAAGGUCAUCACCUUGUUCGACGUCAAAGUACAGCUGGAGUAUGAAGGUAAGACCAAGGACGAGGAGUCCGUUAGUGGUACCAUCACCAUUCCUGAGGUAGCCCAUGAUACCGAGGAAGAUGAGUACGUCUUUGAAAUCGAGAACUACUCCGAUUCCCCCUCCAAGCAGGCCGUGAAGGACCUAGUUCGCUCCAAGCUCGUCCCCCAGCUCCGCAAGGAACUCGCCACGCUUGCUCCGGCUCUGAUCACUGAGCACGGCAAGGACCUCCAGCAUGCCCCUGGUGUCAACCCUUCCAGCGGCUUUGCUGCGCCCAAGUACCACCCCCAGGUCAAGAAGGAGGCCGCUGCCCCCGUCACCACUACCACCACCACUAGCAACAAGGUCUCGGUCAACACCACCACUGUGACUGCCUCGGACGAGUUCCGCACCACCGCCGAGGAGCUGUACAACACUUUCACCGACCCUCAACGCAUUGCCGCGUUCACCCGCGGUGCUCCCCGCCAGUUCGAGGGCGCCCACGUCGGCGGCAAGUUCGCCAUCUUCGACGGCAAUGUCAGCGGCGAGUACGUCAAGCUCGAGCCCACCGAGAUCACACAGAAGUGGCGCCUGGCCCAAUGGCCCGAGGGUCACUUCAGUACGCUCGACAUCAAGCUCGACCAGAACGAUGUCGACGGUGUGACCCAGAUGCGCGUGACCUGGACCGGCGUCCCCGUCGGCCAGGAGGACGUGACCAAGCAGAACUGGGACGUGUACUACGUCCGCAGUAUCAAGCAGACUUUCGGGUUUGGCACUAUUCUCUGA